GUGUGGGACAGAUGUCUCUGCGAUCGCAUCGCAAACCCAUUCCCAGCCUUUCCUAUUGUAUCGCCAUUUGUGUGGACACGAGUUCAGCACUAAUUGUGUUAAUUAUUUCCUAAACUCGAGGAAGCGAUCGAAAUAUCAUCGAAAUGGUGGCCGAGAAGAAGUCGAAGAAGACGUUAGAGAGCAUUAACUCGCGGUUAGCUCUUGUGAUGAAGUCCGGCAAAUAUAGCUUCGGUUAUAAACAGACUCUUAAGACACUUCGUCUGGGCAAAGCAAAACUGGUGAUCAUUGCCAACAAUACACCGCCGCUGAGGAAGUCUGAGAUCGAGUACUACGCGAUGUUAGCGAAGACAGGGGGCAAAGCAAAACUGGUGAUCAUUGCCAACAAUACACCGCCGCUGAGGAAGUCUGAGAUCGAGUACUACGCGAUGUUAGCGAAGACAGGGGUUCACCACUAUUCCGGAAAUAACAUUGAAUUGGGAACCGCUUGUGGCAAAUACUACAGAGUGUGCUCCCUCUCCAUCACAGACCCCGGAGACUCCGAUAUCAUCAAAAGCAUGCCUUCAGAACAACAAUAAAUGCUUUUAUUGUAUAAAAAUAUUUGGUUAUUAUUUAACGUAACUUUCAUUUAUUUGAGUUAAUAAAAAGGCUGUGAAUUGAA